AUGAAACCGCCGGUUGUGUUCAUCCUCGGCGGUCCCGGCGCUGGCAAGGGGACCCAGUGCACCCACAUCAUCGAGAAAUAUGGUUACACACACCUUUCUGCAGGAGAACUUCUUUGUGAUGAAAGGAAGGACCCAUAUUCACGGUAUGGUGAACUCAUUGAAAAGUACAUUAAAGAUGGAAAGAUUGUGCCAGUUGAGAUAACCAUCAGUUUGUUAAAGAGGGAAAUGGAUCCGACAAUGGCUGCCAAUGCUAAGAAGAAUAAAUUCUUGAUUGAUGGGUUUCCAAGAAAUCAAGACAACCUUCAAGGUUGGAACAAGACCAUGGAUGGGAAGGCAGAUGUGUCUUUCAUUCUGUUUUUUGACUGUAAUAAUGAGAUCUGUAUUGAACGAUGCCUUGAGAGGGGAAAGAGUAGUGGUAGAAGUGAUGACAACAGAGAGAGCUUGGAGAAGAGAAUUCAGACCUAUCUUCGGUCAACAAAGCCAAUUAUUGACUUAUAUGAAGAAAUGGGGAAAGUCUAGAAAAUAGAUGCCUCUAAGUCUGUUGACGAAGUUUUUGAUGAAGUUGUGAAGAUUUUUGACAAAGAAGGCUAACUCUAAA